GUGCUGCAGCGUCACUCACAACGCCUUCGAGCCAGCCUGYGUGUAAAUAGUGUUUUUCUCUGGACGCUGCUGCUCCGCUGCACACACUUUUAUCGCAUUUAGUUGAUAUUUUCUUUGUUCUCGAUCAUGGAAAACCCAAACGAAGCAGUUGCAAUGAAAGAGUCCAAACGACGAGAGCGUCAACCUGGAAUCGGUCCAGGCGAGUACACAAUACAUGAUAUUAAAGCUCUGGAGAAUGCAGACUCUACAAUCGGCCUGUGUGGGUGGCUGCUGGUUUUCCUCUCCCUCCUCCUGGUGAUCGUCACCCUGCCCAUCUCCAUCUGGAUGUGCAUCAAGAUUGUGAAGGAGUAUGAGCGAGCCAUCAUCUUCCGUCUCGGGCGCAUUUUACGAGGAGGAGCCAAAGGACCAGGCAUGUUCUUCAUCGUGCCGUGCACCGACAACUUCAUCAACGUGGACAUGCGCACCAUCACCUUCGACAUCCCGCCUCAGGAGGUGCUGACCAAAGACUCUGUGACCGUGAGUGUGGACGGCGUGGUGUACUACCGGGUCCAGAACGCCACCCUAGCUGUAGCUAACAUCACCAACGCUGACGCCGCCACCCGACUGUUGGCUCAGACCACCCUGAGGAACGUGCUGGGCACCAAGAACCUCGCAGAGAUCCUCUCAGACCGGGAGGAGAUCGCUCACAGCAUGCAGUCCACGCUGGACGACGCUACGGACGACUGGGGCAUCAAGGUGGAGCGGGUGGAGAUAAAGGACGUGAAGCUGCCCCUGCAGCUGCAGAGAGCCAUGGCAGCCGAGGCCGAGGCCAGCCGCGAGGCCAGAGCCAAG